GGCCACCCCGUUCCCCAGCGUCCCUCGCGGCGGCAGGCACUGACGUGGCCGCCGUCAGAGCCGCCAUCUUGUGGGAGCGAAACCAACGCCUGGCUCGGAGCAGCAGCAGCGCGGCGGCCCCCGAGGGUUUCUCUGGCCAGUGUUGCUCCCACCGUCUGCAGCAUGGGGAAUAUCUUUGCGAACCUCUUCAAGGGCCUUUUUGGCAAGAAGGAAAUGCGCAUCCUCAUGGUGGGCCUGGACGCUGCGGGGAAGACCACCAUCCUGUAUAAACUGAAGCUGGGUGAGAUCGUGACCACCAUCCCCACCAUAGGCUUCAAUGUGGAGACCGUGGAGUACAAGAACAUCAGCUUCACUGUGUGGGACGUGGGCGGCCAGGACAAGAUCCGGCCUCUGUGGCGCCACUACUUCCAGAACACACAAGGUCUCAUCUUUGUGGUUGACAGCAAUGACAGAGAACGUGUGAACGAGGCCCGCGAGGAGCUCAUGAGGAUGCUGGCGGAGGACGAGCUCAGGGACGCUGUCCUGCUCGUGUUCGCUAACAAGCAGGACCUCCCCAACGCCAUGAAUGCGGCCGAGAUCACAGACAAGCUGGGCCUGCAUUCUCUGCGCCACAGGAACUGGUACAUUCAGGCCACCUGUGCCACCAGUGGGGACGGGCUGUAUGAGGGACUGGACUGGCUGUCCAAUCAGCUCCGGAACCAGAAGUGAGCCGCACUCCUCUCCCCCCCUCACUCCCUCCUUCUGCCCUCGCUUUACUCUCAUGUGGCAACGUGCCCCUGUGGUGUGAGUGCCCGGAGCUGUCUCCACGGUCGGUCACAGUGUGCUUCACCAUGCUGUAAAUGUGCAGACGCAGCCUGCAGCCGGGUUAUUUAAUGUAAAUAGUUCUUGUUUCCGACGAGGCAGUUUCUGGUACUCCUAUGCAAUAUUACUCAGCUUUUUUUAUUGUAAAAAGAGAAUCAACCCACUGUUCAGUACUGAGAAGGGACUUUAGGCACAGGGGGCCUCCAGGAGUCGCUGUGUCAGACGAGCCCGACGCUCCUCCUCUGGGCUUUAGAUCUGUGUUGAGAUCCACUUUGGUGGUUGGUUUUUAACCCACACUCAGUGCAUUUUUUAAAAUAGUUACAAAUACAAGGAGAACAUGAGCACACAGAGGAGAGACGUGCCUGGUGGGGUUUCUGCAGUAACGGCCAGGUCCAGUCCACCCGUGGUCUGUCCCCCGAGAACGUGAGCCGGCAGAACCAGCCACGAUGCACUCUGCAUGUCACAUAGGGCCCCUGCGACUCACUGUCUCGGGUCAUCCCGCAUCCCGUAGCGUUUGUGCUUGUGCUGACACGGCUGCCCAGGGGACGGAUGGGCUGAGCACUGCGGCUGCUGCUCACCAACCCUUUGGAGGGACCCGGCCUUCCCUUGGGUCGGUGUGGGCGCUCUGGUGGUAACACUCUGGCCGGAGCAAGAGCCCUAUGGUCCCCGUGUGUGCUCCAGGGCAUCUGGGGUCUCACCAGCGGGAGCACGUGCAGGCCGGUCAUCCUAGAGCCCCAGCCCCUCGGAGCCCCCGUCCACAUGUGCUUUCACUCCCUCAGCCUGCAGGGGUCAGAUUUGCCAUCAAAACGACGACCUCUACUUUUUUCUUUUGUAUUUUGAUAAACACUGAAGAAGCUGGAGCUGUUAAACUUUAUCUUGGGGAAACCUCAGAACUGGUUGAUUUGGUGUCGUGGAACCUCUUACUGCUUUCAAUACACGAUUAGUAAUCAACUGUUUUGUAUACUUGUUUUCAGUUUUCAUUUCGACAAGCACUGUAAUUAUAGCUAUUAGAAUAAAAUCUCUUAACUAUU